CUUUGGAGGAUGUGGUUUGUUCUGCUACUUGCCCGAUCAUCUUUUAUGGGCGCCAGGUGCCACCGAAUGUGGGGGAGAUGGGGAGUCGGUUCUCGCGUGGCGGGUGUUCGCAAAUUCUGAACGAUACAAGAAUUAUGUAAGCAUGAUAACACCUUCGUAACCCGAGGGACCCGGCGAAGGUGGAUGUCCUCGUAUAAAGCUUUGGGAUACGGUACAUAUGAAAGUUGAGGCCAGAGAGGGGUCAGUUGGACUUGAUGAAGUUGACGAGCUGACGGUGUAUCGACAUAGCUGCUUGGUUUCAUUUCGUUUUGAAUCCUAUCCUACUCAGGCACAGCUUACGACUAUAGCCUUCGAGGGUAAGGGGGACGACGGAGAGCCCUGCCAAGUCCCGUCCCUUCGGGGAGCCGGCAGCCAAAAGGUGGCUGACCUGGAAAGUUCCCCCCCCCCGAAAUCAGAUGUCAGGCUCCCAACUGCCCUUAUAAAUUCAGCACACCGGUCGUCCAUUCUACCCGCCCAUCUUCCUCCUCAACCAUCAUCAGCCGUACUGCGCACCUACUCCCCCGUCCCCCUCUGCGUCACGAUUGAUGGACGACACCCGAGCGCCGACUCUUCUCGUCGUGCCAAUAAACCUCAUGUGCUCCUGGCAAAUGCGUUGGCCCUUCCGAGGAAAUUAUUGGUGAAGGGACAGGAGGAACAAUGCUCGACUUAGUCGAUACCAUCCUGCACUGGUACUCCCGUGAGUCGGUCACAUGGAUAUGCUCACCCGGUCGUACGCAUUUACAAUCCACUGUC